AUGGGCCGUGGACUAGCUGCUCGUGAGGCCUGGGGCAACUGGUGUGAGUUUUUCCUCACUACUCUUGGCUACAUGGUUGGCAUCGGCAAUAUAUGGCGGUUUCCUUAUAUCUGCUACUCAAAUGGUGGAGGUGCUUUUCUUAUCCCAUUUAUCAUCUUUAUGUUUGUCUGUGCGGUGCCAGUGGUUUUUCUGGAAAUGUCAUACUCGCAGUUCGCCAGCUUAGGACCAGGCAGGGCGUGGAGGAUCUGUCCCCUGUUUAAAGGUGUCGGUGUAGGCAUGUCGCUGGUCAUUGGCAUUGUCGCUAUUUACUACAACGUUGUCAUCGCCUGGGCCCUCUACUACCUUUACAUGUCACUCAGGCGAGAGCUUCCGUGGAACAUGUGCGACAAUAAUUGGAACACGCCCAACUGCUCCCUACGCUUGGGUCACGUGGACAAUUCAACCAAUCACACAUCGUUCCUUGUGUCUUCUGCUUCAAACCUCAACCAGUCGUUUCACGCCAAAACUCCGACGGAGGAAUUUUGGACGCAUCACGUGUUGGAGAUGUCCAACGGGAUAGAGACGCUUGGCAACAUUCGGUGGCCGCUCUUUAUCUGUCACGUGAUCACCUGGGUUGUCGUUUUCCUCUGUGCGCUGAAGGGAAUCAAGAGUUUCGGGAAGGUAGCUUACUUUACGGCGACAGCCCCCUACCUCUUGCUCAUCAUUUUGCUCAUCAGAGGCGCCAUGUUGCCGGGAGCCAUGGACGGACUGAAAUAUUACCUCAUCCCGCAGUGGGAUAAACUGAAAGAGAUCAAGGUGUGGACGGCAGCAGCCAUGCAGAUCUUCUACUCUGUGGGAUGUGGUGGGGGUGGGUCGGUCACCCUGGCCAGCUAUAACAAAUUCAACAACAAUAUCAUCAGGGACGCGCUUCUCUUCCCCUUGAUGGACACGGCUACGUGCCUGCUCUGCGGUCUCGUUAUCUUCGUGGUUCUCGGGUACAUGUCUCACGCUACAGGCUUGCCUAUAGACAGUGUCGUUGCUGAAGGUCCGGGCAUUGCGUUUAUGGUGUACCCCGAGGCGCUAGCACAGCUGCCCCUGGCUCCCAUGUGGUCCGCCUUCUUCUUCCUGGUGCUCUUCAUGGUCGGACUAGACUCGCAGUUCGUCCACGUAGAGAUCGUUGUUGGCUGCUUGACUGACAUGUUCCCGCAGUACCUCCGGACUCGGAAGAUGCUGACCAACAGCGUUUUUAUCCUCAUAGCCUUCUUCCUGGCUAUACCGUGUCUCACUCAGGGUGGUGUUUACGUCCUCCAGGUUAUGGACUGGUAUGCUUUGGGCUUCAGUGCAACAACAUUGGCCUCAGUGGAGAUGCUGGUCAUAUCGUAUAUCUACGGAGUGGACCGAUUGUUUGCGGACAUUGAGGUUAUGAUUGGGAGGAAACCAUCGAGAAUCUGGAAACCGUUUUUAUUGUUCCUUACUCCAGCCACAAUUCUUUUCAUCCUGCUCAGCUCUAUGGCCAUGCACCAACCGGUACGGUAUGGAGACUACAGUUACCCUGGCUACGCCAUCUCUUUUGGUUGGUUCACCGCCGUGGUGUCCUUGUUUCCCAUUCCGCUUUUUGCUCUGUGGCAGAUCGCGAGAUCUCGCGGGUCUUUCAUAAAGCGCGUGGUCCAUUCACUGUCACCAAGCCGGAAUUGGGGACCAAACAACAUGGCGGACAGAGAGGUGUACAUGAAGAGUUUACGGCGAGAUGUAGGCAGUAUAGUCGGCUGUUUCGGCAGGCUAAAGAAACCAGACGAGGGUUCCCAUAGCAAGGCAGUUACCAUGCAGAUGAUGGAAAAAGAUGAAAUAGUCAAUAGUGUAUGA